AGAAGCGACAGGUUUUUCACGAUCCAUAUUGAUCAACUCGACGCUGCAACCAUGGCGACCGCAACUCCUGGAGUGAGGGAAGGGCCCUCGACGUGGAGGAAGAACCUCUCGGCCCAUCUCAUCUGCCCUGAAUGCAAGGAGGUUCCCCCGAACCUCGAGUUUCCCGACUCCCACGAGACUGUCUGCGGCUCGUGUGGGUUGGUGCUCUCAGAUCGCGAGAUCGAUAUGCACUCCGAAUGGCGUACCUUCUCGAAUGAUGAUCAGAACAAUGAUGACCCGUCUCGUGUCGGUGACGCCGCGAACCCUCUCUUGAAUGGCAACCAGCUCGAGACGCAGAUCGCCGCGGGUGCCACAGGCAAGGCUCGCGAAUUAUACCGUGCCCAGAACAAGCAGUCGAGUGAAAAGACGAACAAGUCGCUUCUCGCGGCGUACAAGGAGAUCGGAGCGCUGUGCGAUGGCUUUAACAUUCAGAAGAAUGUGGCCGAUACAGCGAAGUAUCUCUUCAAGAUCGUUGACGACGCGAAGGCGUUCAAAGGCAAAUCUCAGGAUGUGAUCAUUGCUGGAUGCAUCUUCAUCGCUUGCCGCCAGUGCAAAGUGCCUCGAACGUUUACUGAGAUCUUCGCGGUGACCAAGGUCACGCGCAAAGAGAUUGGUAGGAUCUACAAGGCGCUGGAGAAGUUCUUCACCGCCCAGAAUCUGGAGAGAAUUAAUAACGUUGUGCAGAAUGGAGGUAAGUAUUCAAGACUGCAGAUGUUCAUCUUUUCAUUUGCGGGCAUGUAUUAA